AUGCGGGUGAGCGUGGGAGGGGAAGAGGAGGGGACUUGGGGGCCACAUCUCACAAUUACAGAUGAUAAAAUGGGAUGAAGCCGUGGAGAGGAAGAAGGUGUUCACACUAAUGUGAAACUUGGUGAUAAGUGGCUUCCAGGUCACCCGUCUCUCAAUGUCUCGUUUCUAGUAUUGCAUAAAAAGAGGGUAAAGGGAGUUAAAAUAGUGGCAAGACGGAUGAAGCCUGUGUCAGGAGGCGUUCGCUCUAGUUGACUUCAUAUCUUUAAGCAGCGUGUGAUACUAGUUUGCACUUGUGAUCGGACAGCUGCAAGGUGCAUUUUGCGACGUGCACGCUGCCUGGAGUGAAACCACCCGUGUGCGAGUUCUGGCUCCAUUGCCAGCUGGCUGUGUGACCUCAGGAGCGCUGAGAUGCAGGCCCCCAGCUCCAGGUCUGUACACCUGGGCGAGUGGCAGAAGAAUUACUUUGCAGUUGCGUCUGGCGCGUGCACGGCAGGGCAGAAGGCGGACGCCUACCGGGCACAAAUACUGCGCGUCCAGUACGCGCGGGCCGCCUCGGAGCUCUCCCCGGCCUGUGCUGCCCGCCUGUUCAAAAAGUAUGCGGAGAAAUACUCCAGCGUUAUGGAUUCUGACAAUGCUGAGACCGGCUUGAACAACUACGCAGAAGACAUUUUAGCUCAAGCGAGAUCUCAGCAAAGUGACAGUGACAAGUGGAAGUCUGGGUUGUCGGUAAGUCACGUGUUCAGGAUGCAGAAGGUGCAGGAGAUGAUGCAGGCGGGCAGACGGCUCCGAGACUCUGAGCUGGCACCUUCUGAUGCGUCCGCGGUAAUCCACAGAGCGGCCACCGUGUCCGACGUGGCUCAGUUUGGUGUUUGUGGUGGUUCUGGGGACAGUGACCCGUGGACUGACUCAGCCCGUGGGACAGCUAGGACCCAGGACAUCCCCGAGAGCAGUGCUUCUCUGAAGGGCCCCCAGAGUGUCCAGCCACCGCCGGUCACUGACAUCCCUAAGAUGUGUCCUGCGGUCUCAGUGCCUUUUGGCGAAUCAGUCACUGCAAAAUCUUACACCAAACCAUUGUUCGCAAGUGUCCGAAAGGAAGAUGACUCCUCUCCAAAAGGCGCCGGAGGACUAAACGUGUUCUGCUCGAAUCAGUCCCGCUUCCCUCCUGCCUGUGAAGGUCCACGGGAGGGGACCAACGCGCCUUAUGGUUCUGGCACCACCGAUGCACGUUCCGCCCCCACACUGAGGAAGGCUUUCGGUCAAACAGAGGACGACAGCCCGAGAGAGGAGAGCGGCCUGCCUGCUUUUAGAACUGCGAGAGAACAGCUGUGGGUGGAGCAGCAGAGGCAGCAGCGCGCGGCCCAGCGCGCGCCAGGCUGCUCGCACGGCGGGGUCAAAAAGUCCCUGGGCGCCGGUCGGUCCCGGGGCAUCUUUGGGAAGUUCGUCCCGCCAGUACCUAAGCAGGACGGGGGCGAGCAGAGCGGCGGGGUGCCGGGCCGGCCUCGGGGCUCAGGGCGCGUGGAACCAGCGCAUCCCGUGGACGAACGUCUCAAGAACCUGGAGCCCAAGAUGAUCGAGCUCAUCAUGAGCGAGGUCAUGGACCAGGGCCCUCCCGUGAGCUGGGACGACAUCGCGGGCGUGGAGUUCGCCAAAGCCACGAUCAAGGAGGUGGUCGUGUGGCCCAUGGUGCGGCCAGACAUCUUCACCGGCCUUCGGGGCCCCCCUAAGGGAAUUCUGCUCUUCGGGCCCCCCGGGACGGGUAAGACUCUCAUCGGCAAGUGCAUCGCGAGUCAGUCUGGGGCCACGUUCUUCUGCAUCUCCGCCUCCUCCUUGACGUCCAAGUGGGUGGGGGAGGGGGAGAAGAUGGUCCGGGCGCUGUUCGCCGUCGCCAGGAGCCAGCAGCCCGCGGUCAUAUUUAUCGACGAAAUCGACUCCCUGCUGUCCCAGCGGGGCGACGGCGAGCAUGAGUCUUCCCGGAGGAUCAAGACCGAGUUUCUCGUUCAGCUGGACGGGGCGGCCACGUCCGCCGAAGACCGCAUCCUGGUGGUGGGGGCCACCAACCGGCCGCAGGAGAUCGACGAGGCCGCGCGGAGGAGGCUGGCGAAGCGGCUGUACAUCCCGCUCCCGGAGGCCCCGGCCAGGGAGCAGAUCGUGACCAGCCUGAUGUCCCGGGAGCGGUGCCAGCUCAGCACGGAGGAGGUCCGGCGGGUCGUGCAGCGGUCCCAGGGCUUCUCGGGCGCCGACAUGACCCAGCUGUGCCGAGAGGCGUCCCUCGGGCCCAUUCGCAGCCUGCAGGCCGCCGACAUUGCCACGGUGACCCCGGACCAGGUUCGGCCGAUUGCUUACAGCGACUUUGAGAACGCUUUUAGGACCGUGCGGCCGAGCGUGUCGCCGAAGGACCUGGAGCUUUAUGAGGACUGGAACCGAACUUUUGGUUGUGGGCAAUAAAUGGAGCCCUGGGAACGGGAAGCUUGCAGCCAGGCCUUCCCAGGUGUCAGUAGGAAACUGGGCGUUUAUUCAGCGGCCUUUACAUGUGUGCUGUGAGCUCUGGGCCUCAGACCUAACUGAGUGACCGUGGGCCAGGUGUCACAGCUCAGGGACCUGGCCCGCGUUACGGAAGCGCUGUCUUUCUUCCCGGUGUGUAAGGUGCGACCUGAUGUGUGAGUCACACGUGCUGGGAGCCGACCUGCUCGGUCGAGCUGCCCAGAGGACUUUUUGAGACGUGUGCCGUGGUGCACAGUGUGCUCGGAGAGAAACUUAAAAAAUGCUUUGACCUGUAUGCGAGGUUGUACCUGAUCUGUGUCUAUGUCCUGCUGAGGAAAGAGUUUCUCCUGAGGACCAGGUCGCUCCGUGCGUUUACAUCCGAGACAGAGCACUGUUAAUGUUGUUCAGUACAUCUCGCAGCCCCAGCCAGAGCUGAAGCUGCAAGGUGGAGAAACGCUGCGUUUUUCCGGCACAUCGGUGAUGUUUAAAAUGAAAAUUUCACUCAACACUACCUCACGGCCUGUCGUGUUGGUGUCUUUUCAAAAAUAAAAGUUCUCAGAUUUGUAUAGUG